UUCAACAAAAUGGAUUUCGCUUAGGCGUAGGACGACCAGGGACAAUAUCCUACUUGUUUUGCUGUGAAAAGCUUUUAAUUAAAUAGUAAUGUCUAACAGAAAACGUAAAUCAUCUUCCAUACGACAGUAUGGUCCUGGCCAGGAAGAGCGGGCAAACAUCGAUUAUUACCCAGGCCCAUUAAAAAAGAAAUGGCCUCUUCUUCAGCAGAGCGAGGGCCAAAAAUCAACGCCGACGGAGUCGGCUGCACUUCUUGCAGGAAAUGCCCAAGAGGAGGUGUUUGGUCACCUGAGUUCUGAAGAUUCUGAAGAUGAGUUGGAAAUAUCAGAUGAGUAUUCCAGUUAUCCGGAGGUGUCGAGGAAUGUGUCCUUCUCAUCGUCCAGCAGCACCAGUAGUCAGAAGCAGGAACCACCAGACCCUAGUGAGAUGCAGGAGCCGGCACCUAAAGGCAAAAAAGCUCCUGUGUAUAGUGACUUUGCUCAGAAAAUGAUGGCCAAAAUGGGGCAUAAAGAAGGCACAGGACUUGGAAAGCAUGGUGAAGGUCGAGUUGACAUUGUGGCAGCAUCAGUCCAGCGAGGAAGACGUGGUCUGGGAUUGAAGCAUAAAGGAUUUGAAGCCUCUAAUGAACUGACGUGGGAUCAAGAGGAACAGAUUUCUGUUUACGAGACGGCUAAUUGGCUACCUUCUUAUUCAGGUCCAGUGCCACAGCUAGAAGAAAUGUUUACUUGGAUACAAGAAGGAAGUAGAAAAGAUAUAAUUGAUGAUGAGACAAAUUUUUGCAGUGAGGAAACUUUGAAAAAAAUGCUGAAAGCUAAGACUGUGUUUGACACACUAGACCCUGAAGAAAUGCGGCAAGCUCGCACCCGCUCUAAUCCAUAUGAGACAAUCCGCGGCGGAAUCUUUCUCAACCGAGCUGCUAUGAAGAUGGCUAAUAUGGAUAAAGUGUUUGAUUUUAUGUUUACUGACCCUAGAAAACCAUCUGGAGAACCUUUGACAAAUGCAAAUGAGCUUUUCUUUUUUGCUGAUGUGUGCGCUGGGCCUGGAGGAUUCUCGGAGUACGUACUCUGGCGUAAGAAGCACAACGUGAAAGGUUUCGGGCUCACGUUGAAAGGAGGCAAUGACUUCAAACUGGAGGAUUUCUUUGCAGCAUCUGCCGAGUUCUUUGAACCUCAUUAUGGAGUGGGUGGUAUCCAUGGAGAUGGUGACAUCAUGAAUGCAGACAACCUGAGGGCAUUCCAACACUUUGUACUGGAUAAUACAGAUGGGCAUGGUGUUCAUCUGGUAAUGGCAGAUGGGGGGUUUUCUGUGGAAGGCCAAGAGAACCUUCAGGAAGUGUUAACCAAGCAGCUGUUACUCUGUCAGUUUCUCUGUGCACUGUCCAUACUUCGAGAGGGAGGAAACUUUGUGUGCAAGACCUUUGACCUUUUCACGCCUUUUUCUGUUGGUCUUAUCUAUCUGUUGUACAUUUCAUUUGAUGAAGUUAGUCUUUUUAAACCAAUCACCAGUCGCCCAGCCAAUUCAGAAAGGUAUGUUGUGUGCAAGGGCCGGCGGAGGGGUGCUGAGAUAGUACAUGCUUACAUGUUUGAGAUAAAUAACCGGCUAAAUGAACUCAGAAAUAGUGAUACAGAUAUCUUAGAAAUAGUACCAUUACAGCAGUUACACGAUGAUGAAGAGUUUUCCAAGUAUGUUACUGACCAGAAUGAAAGUCAGGCUAAUAGCCAGGCUCAGGCACUUGCCAAAAUCCAAGCCUACGUUCGGAACACAAACCUCACAGAGGGCAAGCAAGCUGAGACAAGAGUCGAAUGCCUCAAGCUCUGGGGGGUACCAGACAGGACAAGGUCGUGUCCCAAGAUUCCUGAUCCUAUGACAAAGUUUGAGAGUUUAAACAAAGAUAGUUCUAGUAUUUAUGACUUACAUGAGCAUGUGCCUCCGCUUGAUCAUUCCAACCUCUCUACAAUUCAAAGUGUGUUUGAUUAUCGUUGUUUGGUGUCCGGAGGCGACAGGGUGUAUAUUAUGGGAGUGGGACGGUCGCACGUCUUUAAAUGUGAUGGCAAAUUCAAUAAUAAAUGGACGAAGUUUGAGAAUUGCAACCUGAAAUUACCGGGGGAUACAUUAUUCGAAGCAGAGGUGGUGCAGGAACUUAAAGGAGAGGGCUCUGGUCAGAGACGUAUUACAGCUAUACAUAUCAUUGACUGCAUGUGGCUAGCUGGUCAGGACGUUAGACAAAAACACUUUACAGAAAGGUAAGAAAAUAGAG